AUGUCUUCGCAGCGGCCGGACCCCAGUCAAAAUCCUCAACGGCGAGACGACGAUUUUCCGCCCCUACCGCCAUAUCGCAGACUACCCCCACUACCGCCCUUUGCCUCGACCCGCGGGCCCCAUCCCCCGCUUCCGCCUCGACGACACCUCUGGGACGUUGAACCACACACGGCCUCAAGAGAAAACGAAGAGACGGAGGGCGUUCUCCGCUUCGCACGGCAGAUGGCCGACAGGAACUUUCAGGCUGAAUACGACGAGCUCUUGGGCAACUUUGUAGGCAAUACCUUGAAUGGUCUCACGGCGUUCAUGUCCGCAGCGCAAGACGACAUCAACCCUGACCGAAACAACCCACGAAAUCGGAACCAAGCGGCUGGCUUGUUGGAAACCUUGCAGAACGAUCAAAGAAGAGAGGACGACUCCCGUCGCCAGGCGAUACAGCUACCCGCGGUUUUCGGUUAUAGGACCAUUCGAUCCCUGGGCGGGCGACAACGAUCUGACGGUGCCGAGGACGAUUUGGAGGCAGUUAGAGCACUGUGGAAUCGGCGAACCCAGUACAGCUCCUCGCCAUUUUCCCCGCCCAGGAUGCCUCCCAACAUGUCUCCGCCUCACCUGUCGCCACUUCCUCACUCGGAGGAAUAUCCUGAGGAAAAUCGCCGCGCAAAGAGAAGAAAGCUGGACUCUGAACGGGCCUCACAAAGUUUCAAGGGAUUUCGCUAUGGACGGUAUGGACAGGUCGAGCCGGGCCAACUGAAAAUGGAGAUUCUCAGCUGUGACGGAGGGUUGUUUGAAAACGCCUCUUCGUAUGCUUACGAGAACAUCUUGAGGGACGAUAAGACCGUUUAUUGCACACAAUCUAACAGAUGCAACAUCAUCUUGCGGCACCAGGGUGGGACGGCGUUCAGUCUCAAAGAGCUGGUAAUCAAGGCACCAGCCGUGAACUACUCUUCACCAGUAAGAGAGGGCAUGGUAUUUGUGUCUAUGAAUCAAGACGAGGUCCUGACGCGGACCGCGCAGUAUGAGAUACAGUAUGCUCCAUUAAGGUCUGGCGGACCUGCAACUACCAGGGCGUUGGCCCCAAUUAUAUCCAUACGACACCACGAGGAUGGGACCACUGUGACCAGAACACACACUCGGCAGAGACGGUUGUACAAUAUGGGCGGCGAUGAUGAUGAGAACGAGCAGCGAACGGCGCAAAUACCGGCGGAAUUCACAAGCCAGCUACCCCCCUUUAACAUUACAACCGAAUGCAGCUAUGAGGAGAUAGAUGAUGAAGACGCACCGAGAAUCCCUAUCAACAGGCGAGCGCCCAAUAGGAUAGGAUCCUUACCCUUCGAAAGCGAUAGUAGCGAUGACGGCAACCCAUUCGCAUCAGACGAAUAUGGUUUCGAGGAUUACUCUUUCAAUAAUAGGCGUCGGGACCAGUCGGAUACUUCUUUGGCGGAGGCUGUUGAGGCGAAUCAGAUGGCAACCCAGGAGGCUGUACGGGCUGUAGGCGGCGAAUUGAUGGCCCCGCACGCGAAAUUCUUCAUCGAGAAGGAAAAAAGCAAGUGCACCAUACGGUUUGAUCCUCCAGUAUCGGGGAGAUUCAUACUGCUCAAGAUGUGGAGCAGUAGCCGGGCCUCGGGUAGCAACAUCGAUAUACAAGCAGUUCUCGCCAAAGGAUUCGCAGGACCGCGGUAUUUUCCGUCAGUAGAAUUGCGAUGA